AUGCAAGUUUUUGUAGUUCUUGCCAUUUUUUUGGGAGCAGUAAGCUCACUUCCUAUUGAGGAGCGUGUCAAUGGCGAGAAUGGCUGGUUUAUACCUCAGGAAGAUGGUAGUGUUGAGUGGAUGGACAAAAUGGAAGCAGAGAAACUGUUAGACCAUAGAGCUCGGACUAAAGGUUCUUCGAAUGAAGUGUCCUUCUAUCUCUAUACCAGAAACAACCCUACGGAAGGCAUAGAAAUCGAGAACGAGGCGUCCUCCGUUCAAGAUUCGCACUUCGAUAAGGGGCUUCCCACUCGCUUCGUGAUCCAUGGAUGGAAAGGACGGUACACUGAUAGCAUGAAUGUCGAUAUCACCAAAGCCUGGCUUUCGAAGGGGGACUUCAACGUGAUCGUUGUUAACUGGGACCGUUCGCAAUACGUAGACUACGCCAUGUCGGUACGAGCAGUUCCUGAAGCUGGUAAAAAAGUGGGAGAGAUGAUCGAGUACCUUCACGAACAUCAUGAUAUGUCGCUGGACACUCUGAUUGUUAUUGGACACAGUUUGGGCGCCCAUGUGGCCGGCUUUGCAGGAAAGCAAGUGGGGGAUAAAAGGGUUCACACAAUUGUGGGACUGGAUCCUGCUUUGCCUCUUUACAGCUACGAUAAACCGGACAAGCGUCUGUCCAGCGAAGAUGCCUUCUAUGUGGAGUCUAUCCAAACCAAUGGCGGAGUCAAGGGAUUUGUAAAACCUAUUGGAAAGACCACUUUCUACGUGAGUGGAGGAAGACGGCAGCCAGGAUGCGGCGUGGAUGUCGCAGGAACCUGCUCCCACGCACGUUCCGUGCUCUACUACGCAGAGGCAAUCACGGAGGACAGCUUUGGUUCCUUUAGAUGCCAGGACUACCAGGCUGCCCUGGCCAAUGAGUGUGGCACCACCUACAGCAGCGUUCGCAUGGCUGCGGAUCAGAAUGCCUACGUGGUGGAGGGCCACUUCUACGUGCCAGUAAACAGCGAGGCUCCAUUCGGCAAAAACUGAAUAGAUGCCAAUGAAAAAUAAAUAAAUAUCAAUAAAAUGAACUACCAAAAA